AUGGAUGAAACAUUAAAAGAACUAUUUGAAGCUUGUCGGAAUGGAGAUUUAACUAAAGUUAAAAAAUUACUUACACCAGAUAAUAUUAAUGCACAAGAUAUACUCGGAAGAAAAUCGACACCUCUUCAUUUUAGUUCUGGAUUCGGUCGUAAGGAUGUAGUCGAAUAUCUUUUAAAUCAAAAUGCUAAUGUUCAUAUGAAAGAUGAUGGAGGUCUAAUUCCAUUACAUAAUGCAGCAAGUUUUGGUCAUGCUGAAGUUGUUCAAUUACUUCUUAAUUAUCAUUCGGAUGUAAAUGCAUUAGAUAAUUGGAAUUAUAGUCCACUUGCUGAAGCAGCUAGUAAAGGAAAAGUUGAUGUUUGUCUUAUUCUUUUACAACAUGGUGCAGAUUCAAAUAUAAAAAAUAGUGAUGGAAAAACUGCACUUGAUCUUGCUGAUUCAUCAACUCGACCAGUGUUAACUGGUGAAUAUCGAAAAGAUGAAUUACUUGAAGCAGCUCGAUCGGGUAAUGAAGAAAAACUAUUAAAUUUAUUAACAUUAGCUAAUGUUAAUUGUCAUGCAAGUGAUGGAAGAAAAUCAACUCCAUUACAUCUAGCUGCUGGUUACAAUCGAUUAACAAUUUGUAAAAUAUUACUUGAACAUGGUGCUGAUGUUCUAUGCAAAGAUAAAGGUGGACUUGUUCCAUUACAUAAUGCUGCUUCAUAUGGACAUUACGAAGUUGCUGAGCUCUUGAUUAAACAUGGUGCUCAAGUAAAUACUUGUGAUCUAUGGCAAUAUACACCUAUUCAUGAAGCUGCUUCAAAAUCUCGUAUUGAUGUUUGUACUCUUUUAUUAAGUCAUGGAGCUGAUCCAACAUUAACAAAUUGUCAUGGUAAAGCAGUAUUAGAUGUUGCUGCUAGUCGUGAAUUACGAGAUAGAAUUUUAUCUGAAUAUCAUGGAUAUUCAUUUCUUGAUGCAAUACAUAAUGGAGAUACUAGUCGAGUUAAAAAAUUUUUAUCUAAUGAAACAAUUAAUUUUCGACAUUUUAAAACAGGAGAUUCACCAUUACAUAUCUCUUGUACAUCAUCAUUGGCAAAACAUCGUCGACAAAUUUUUGAAAUGUUAAUUCGGCGUGGUGCUCUUGUUAACGUUUUAAAUACAGCACAAAUGGCUCCUAUUCAUAUAUGUGCUGAAGCUGAUCAUAGUGAUCUUUUAGAAAUUUUAUUAAAACAUAAUGCUGAUAUUAAUUUACUUGAUGGUCAAGGACAAACAGCAUUACAUCAUGCAGUUAAAAAUGGACAUUUAAAUGUUUGUCGAUUUUUAAUUACACAUAAAAUUGAUACUUCAAUUGUAUCAUCCUAUGAACAAACAGCAUUAGAUAUAACUUCAGCAUCGAAUAUUCAACAAUUAUUAAUGACUUAUGAAAAUGAAAAAGUUAUAUUAACACCAAAUAUAACUGAUCUUCAAUUACAAUUACUUGAAGCAUCAAAAUCGGGUGAUCUUGAUGUUGUUAAGCGUGUACUUACUUUCAAUCCAUCAUUAGUUAAUUGUCGUGAUGUUCAAGGUAGAAAUAGUACUCCACUUCAUUUUGCUGCCGGAUAUAAUCGUUUACAAGUUGUUGAAUAUUUAUUAGCCAUGGGUGCUGAGGUAACAGCAAGAGAUAAAGGUGGUCUUGUUCCUUUACAUAAUAGUUGUAGUUAUGGUCAUCUUGAAGUUACAGCACUUUUACUUAAUAAUGGUGCAUCAUCUCAAAUAACUGAUCUAUGGAAAGUAACACCAUUACAUGAAAGUGCAGCUAAAGGAAAAUUUGAAAUAUGUAAAUUACUUAUUAAAUAUGGUGCUGAUUUAAAUAAAAAAAAUCGUGAUGGUGCUAUACCACUCGAUUUAGUUAAAGAACGUGAUAGUGAUGUAGCUGAUUUACUUCGUGGUGAUAGUGCUAUUUUAGAAUUAGCUAAAAAAGGAAAUUUAGAACGAUUAAGAAAAUUAUUAACACCAGAAAAUGUUAAUUGUCGUGAUCCAUUAGGACGAAAUAGUACACCAUUACAUUUAGCUGCUGGAUAUAAUCAUUAUGAAAUAGCACAAUUUUUAUUGGAAAAUGGUAGUAAUCCUAAUGCUGUGGAUAAAGGUGGAUUAAUAGCUCUUCAUAAUGCAUCUUCAUUUGGUCAUGUUGAUGUUGCUACUUUAUUAAUUAAUUAUCAUUCCGAUGUUAAUGCACAUGAUAAUUGGUCGUAUACACCUUUACAUGAAGCAGCAUCUAAAGGUCGUACUCAAUUAUGUUCUUUAUUACUUGCUCAUGGUGCAAAUCCACAUCUUCGAAAUCAAGAUAAUCAAACUCCAUUAGAUUUAGCUAAUGCUGAUGAUGUUAAAUCAUUACUAUUAGAUGCAAUGUCAACUUCAAUAUCUCCAACAUCACCAACUGGUAAUCGUUAUCGAACAACAUUAACACUUGCAACUCGUGAAACAACAUCAAUACUUGGUGCAGAAAAUAAUAAUAAUAAUUAUAAUAAUAGUUCAAGACAACGUUCAUCAUCUGCAUCAAGUUUACAACAAUCAACUAUUCAACGUCAUUUACCUAGCGGUGAUGGUAGUAUGAGUUUAAUAACAGAUGAUGAACGUCGAGAACAAGCACUUCAUAUGACAAUGGAUGAAUUUUUAAGUUUAUGUCAAUUUCAAUCAAGUCAACAACAAGAUUCAUUAAGAGAUUUAUUUGAACGUGAACAUAUAACACUUGAUAUACUUGCUGAAAUGACACAUAAUGAUUUAAAAGAUAUUGGUAUUGUUGCUUAUGGUGAACGACAUAAAUUACUUAAAGGUAUUGAACGAUUAUAUAAACAAGCAAAAGAUCCAUGGUCAAAUAUACCUGAUAGAGGAUCAGUUUUUAUUGAACUUGAUUCAAAUGAUCAAGAAUAUCGACUUGUUGAAGAUGAAUUACAAAGUACUAUUCGUGAACAUAAAGAUAAUUGUGGUGGAAUAUUUACUCGUUAUGUAGUAUUAAAAAUUGAAAAAAUUCGUAAUCGACGUUUAUGGGAUCGUUAUUGUCAUCGUCGAAAUGAAAUUCAAGAUGAUAAUAAUGGUCAUGAAAAUGAACGUUUACUUUUUCAUGGUUCACCAUUUCUUCAUUCAAUUAUGCAUAAAGGUUUUGAUGAAAGACAUGCAUCUAUAACUGGCAUGUUUGGUGCUGGAAUUUAUUUUGCAGAAAAUUCUUCAAAAUCAAAUCAAUAUGUGUAUGGUAUUGGUGGUGGAAAUGGGUGUAUAUUACAUAAAGAUAAAUCAUGUUAUCUAUGUUCAAGACAAAUGUUAUUAUGCCGUGUUUGUCUUGGACGAUCGUUUUUGCAAUUUAGUGCAUCAAAAUUAGCUCAUGCACCACCUGGUCAUCAUUCCGUUAUAGGUCGACCAACACAAGGUGGCCUGGCUUAUCCCGAAUAUGUUAUUUAUCGUGGUGAACAAGCUUAUCCAGAAUAUUGUAUUACAUAUAAUCUUUUAAAUCCAGUGAACAACGACAAUGAAUAA